UAUAUAGAAUACACAACGCCUUAUUAUACUACAACACCGGAACAUCGAGCUCAACCAGUUUUACACCAUUGAACCAAGCUGUACGUAACGAAGGAAACCUCCCGUUGAUUCCUGUAGACGACCAUGGACAAGACGCCACUUCUACUUUUGUUACUGAUUCCUGCACUAGCACUAGCUGGUCCGGCAGAGGAUGAAGCCACAAAAGAGUACGAAGCUGCAGACACGAACAAAGACGGCAAUCUCACUGAGGACGAGAUGAAAAUAUCUCUAAUGGAAGCGGAUAAGAAUGGAAAUCAAGAUGGGCAAAUUGACCUAAAAGAGUACAUUGCAGUGUUUAAAAAAUAUUUCUCUAAUGCCCAAGAUAUAAUACCGACCAACCUGUUUCAAGUUUACGAUGUUAACAAGGACACGUUUGUGGACGACAAAGAUUUCAAAGGAUUGCGUGAAAAAAUGGAUAACGACGGUGACACCAAUCUCACUUUGAAAGAGUUUAUAAAAUUUGUCGUGCCGUAUCUAGAGCCCAUGUAUACAAAAGGCUGAAAAAUUAUUGGAGAAAAAUGAAGUCCAUAAAAAUGCCUUGAGAGCUGUUUUAUUUCUUAAAAUUCAUCAUAAUGUUUUAGAUUUAAAAUUUGAAUAACUUUGCAAUUAUAUAAUAAAAAUGGAAUAAA